AUGAAGAAACUCCAGGGAGAUUUGCUAGCCUUUGCCCUGGAAGGCACCUUUGAUGUCAUCGUCCAUGGCUGCAACUGCCAGGGCCAUAUGGGCGCAGGGAUUGCCAAAAGCAUCAAGAUCCAAUUUCCCGAAGCCUUCAUAGCCGACAAGCAGACCACAGCAGGAGAUUUUGACAGAUUGGGUACCUAUUCGACCGCCCAUAUCCAAAGAGAUGAUGACGACAGUACUACUAUCCAAUUUUACAUUGUGAAUGCCUAUACUCAAUUUCAUUGGAAAGGUAAAGGUGUCAAGGCAGAUUAUCAUGCCAUUCGCGGUGUCUUUUCAAAACUCAAGCAAGAAUUUUCAGGAUUGCGGAUUGGGUAUCCAAGGAUCGGGGCAGGACUGGCAGGGGGUGAUUGGGCAUUGAUUUCUGAAAUCAUUGACGAAGAACUCGAAGGUGAAGAUCAUACACUAGUGGAAUUCGUUCCUCCUCCGCCUCAUCCUGAACAAGAAGGUCUUUCAAAGAAACGAUCGACAAUGGAUCACAUGACAAAAACAGGAAGAAAGAAAUUCAAAAAGUGA